CACAAUGCCCCGGUGCGGGGCCGUGGCGGAUGGAUGCUGCGGGAAGGGGCUGCCAUUUGCUGCCCCUGCCAGUGGCGCGCGGACCUGCCCGCCCCCCUGGCCCGGCGGCCGCCGCCCGAGCCCGCAGCCCGCCCGGCCUCUGCAGCGGCGCCACCUCGGCUCCCCCCGUGGCCGCCUGAGGUGCGGGCGCCAUGAACCCCAGCUCCUCUUCGCCGGCGGGAGAGGAGAAGGGGGCGACGGGCGGCCCCGGGAGCUGCUGCCUGGGCGCUGAGGGCGGCGUGGACCCGCGGGGCGCGGGGGCAGCUGCGGCCGCUGCCCUGGAGGAGCCCGGGGCCACCGGACCGAAGGAAAAGGAGGAGGCGCUGGAGGAGAAACUGAGGAACUUAACUUUCCGUAAGCAGGUGUCUUACAGGAAAGCAAUCUCCCGGGCAGGUUUGCAGCACCUGGCUCCAGCACACCCCCUCAGCCUUCCUGUGGCAAAUGGUCCCACAAAGGAGCCCAGAACAACUCUGGAUUGGAGUGAGAAUGCAGUGAAUGGAGAACACCUGUGGCUGGAGACCAACGUCUCAGGAGACCUGUGCUACCUGGGAGAGGAAAACUGCCAAGUCAGAUUUGCAAAAUCAGCUCUCAGGAGGAAGUGUGCUGUCUGCAAAAUCGUGGUUCACACAGCCUGCAUUGAACAGCUAGAAAAGAUUAAUUUCAGAUGUAAACCAACAUUUCGAGAAGGGGGUUCAAGAUCACCAAGAGAAAACUUUGUGCGUCAUCACUGGGUGCACAGACGUCGGCAGGAGGGGAAGUGUAAGCAGUGUGGUAAGGGCUUCCAGCAAAAAUUCUCCUUUCACAGUAAAGAGAUUGUGGCUAUCAGUUGUUCCUGGUGCAAGCAGGCGUUUCACAAUAAGGUGACCUGUUUCAUGCUGCAUCACAUAGAGGAGCCCUGCUCCCUGGGGGCGCAUGCUGCUGUCAUUGUCCCGCCCACCUGGAUCAUUAAGGUGAAGAAACCUCAGAACUCCCUGAAAGCUUCCAAUCGAAAGAAGAAGAGAACAAGCUUUAAAAGAAAGGCUAGUAAAAGAGGAACUGAACAGGAAAACAAAGGGCGCCCUUUUGUGAUAAAACCCAUCUCUUCUCCUCUCAUGAAACCCUUACUUGUGUUUGUGAAUCCCAAGAGUGGAGGCAACCAGGGAACCAAAGUCUUGCAGAUGUUUAUGUGGUACCUGAACCCACGGCAAGUCUUUGAUCUUUCUCAGGAAGGGCCAAAGGAUGCGCUUGAAUUAUAUAGAAAGGUGCCAAAUCUACGAAUUCUGGCCUGUGGAGGGGAUGGAACGGUGGGCUGGAUCCUUUCUAUCCUGGAUGAACUGCAGCUGAACCCUCAGCCUCCUGUUGGGGUCCUUCCACUGGGGACUGGGAAUGACCUGGCUCGAACUCUCAACUGGGGAGGGGGAUAUACUGAUGAACCUGUUUCUAAGAUUCUUUGCCAAGUGGAAGAUGGGACCAUUGUACAGCUAGAUCGCUGGAACCUCCAUGUGGAGAGAAACCCAGACUUGCCUCCAGAAGAGCUUGAAGAUGGCGUGUGUAAGCUUCCUCUGAAUGUCUUCAAUAACUACUUCAGCCUUGGAUUUGAUGCCCACGUGACCUUGGAGUUCCAUGAAUCCAGAGAAGCAAAUCCAGAGAAGUUCAAUAGUCGUUUCCGAAAUAAGAUGUUCUAUGCAGGGGCAGCUUUUUCUGAUUUCCUACAAAGAAGCUCCAGAGAUCUAUCCAAACAUGUUAAAGUUGUUUGUGAUGGAACAGACCUCACUCCAAAAAUUCAGGAACUGAAAUUCCAGUGUAUAGUAUUUUUAAAUAUACCCAGAUAUUGUGCUGGCACAAUGCCCUGGGGCAACCCAGGCGAUCACCAUGAUUUUGAACCUCAGCGUCAUGAUGAUGGCUACAUUGAAGUCAUUGGAUUCACCAUGGCCUCUUUGGCCGCCUUGCAAGUCGGGGGCCAUGGAGAACGGUUGCACCAAUGCCGGGAAGUUAUGCUGCUCACCUACAAGUCCAUCCCCAUGCAAGUGGACGGUGAGCCCUGUCGGCUGGCACCAGCGAUGAUCCGCAUCUCCCUGAGGAAUCAGGCCAACAUGGUUCAGAAGAGCAAGCGGCGGACGUCCAUGCCUCUGCUCAAUGAUCCCCAGUCUGUCCCAGACCGCCUGAGGAUCCGAGUGAACAAAAUCAGUUCACAAGACUAUGAAGGAUUCCACUAUGACAAAGAGAAACUCCAGGAAGCUUCCAUCCCUUUGGGUAUUCUAGUUGUACGUGGAGACUGUGAUUUGGAAACUUGCCGUAUGUACAUAGAUCGCUUACAAGAGGACCUGCCGUCAGUUUCGUCUGGCUCCCAAAGAGUUCAUUACCAGAAUCAAGAAACCUCCAUUCCCAGGGCACUCUCAGCUCAAAGACUCUCCCCACGGUGGUGCUUUCUAGAUGCAACUUCUGCUGAUCGCUUUUAUCGAAUAGACAGAUCUCAGGAACAUUUGCACUUUGUGAUGGAGAUUUCCCACGAUGAGAUUUUUAUCCUGGACCCAGAUAUGGUGUUGUCACAGCAAGCAGGGACACCUCCAGGAAUGCCUGAUCUGGUGGUGGAGCAAGCUUCAGGGAUAACAGAUUGGUGGAACCCUGCCAUGCGGAAAGGCAUGCUGAGUGAUUGUGGGCUGGGAAUGAUAAGUCCCUAUUAUGAGGAUUCUGAUUUGAGAGAUUUCAGCCACUCCCAUGUGCUACAGUCACCAGUUUCUUCAGAAGAUCACGCAAUUUUGCAAGCGGUAAUAGCUGGUGAUCUUAUGAAGUUAAUAGAAAGCUAUAAAAAUGGAGGCAGUCUGCUAAUUCGGGGACCAGACCACUGUUCACUUCUUCACUAUGCAGCUAAAACCGGCAACGGAGAGAUUGUGAAAUACAUUCUUGACCACGGACCUUCUGAGUUACUGGAUAUGACGGACAGCGAAACGGGUGAGACUGCACUGCACAAAGCUGCCUGCCAGCGGAACCGGGCAGUGUGCCAGCUUCUGGUGGAUGCAGGAGCAUCUCUGAGAAAGACGGACUCCAAGGGUAAGACACCUCAAGACAGAGCACAGCAGGCUGGGGACCCUGAGUUAGCUGCUUACCUAGAAAGUCGCCUAAACUAUAAGAUCAUUGGCCACGAGGACCUGGAAACUGCUGUUUGACUCUGGUGGACAGGCUAAGAGAAUCUAAUGAAGCCAAUCACUUCUGCCCUCCCAGUGGCGAGCGGGCAGCUCCCCUGGAAGAAGCUGAUGGAACCGGCACAUCCGUCUCUCCUGCAAGAAUCUCUCUGAGACCGCACCAACUAGUUUUCAAGGGCUAACGGAGAUGUACCACUGAACAAGAUAGCCCAUGGAGGAAGAGGCAAGAUACCUGGAGAUUUGUGGACUAGGAGUCCCGCCAACAUGGGAUCCUUUUGCUUUCAGCAAGUAGCAUGGACCUCUAUGUUCACCUGUAUAAUUUAUUUUCAAUAUUCAAAGGAUGUUUGUGUAAAAGGCACUGCCUCAGUCCACCACCCCCCUGCAUUUUUCUGAAUCCCUGUACUACCCAUCCAUUUAAAAAAAUAUACAUGGUAUGUUCUCUUCCCAUUCAGUUUUUUGAAGACCACCACACUGCUGAACGGUCUUUUAAAACCUCUCUGGAUACCCUACAGAGAUAAAACUGUAAAACCACUUCCAUUUCUGAGAUGAAAUAUACCAUGACUACUUAAUGACAUUUUUUUUUUUUUGCAUGUCUCUCCCUCCCCCCUGGUCCUCUUCCUUCUGUAGGACCUGGGAAGCACCACAUGGAUAUUAUGCCAACUCUGUGUUCUAUCUCAAGGUAUGGUAAGGUGGCAUGGGCAUUGUCUGCUUAGAGGUGGUUCUCAGAGUUGUCACCUAGGGCUCAGCCCAGGUAGGAAGCUGUAGCCCCUAGCCAUGAGAAUUGGUUCAGCUUGAGCUGCCUGCCCAGCUCUGUACUGCCUACGUGUAGCCAACUUUGCCUUUGGCUACAAUCAGGAUGAGCAGUCGAUUAGACAAA